CUUCCCCGUCCAUCACAUCUUCUACUCCUCCCUUCUCCACCAUUCCGGAUUAUUUGCUCUCAAGUGGCCUCUGCUGGCCAGAGAGCUCUUCUUCCGCUUCAUCAUGAGUCUCGCACGUCCGGCCCGAUGCCUCUUCUGCAGCUUCUCGCGUGCGGCCUCCGCCGGCCCUCGCGUGCCUAGUCGCCAGUUCCACUUGUCAUCGAUACAGCUCUCCGAUCGGAAACCGAAGGUCCCAGAAGUCAACAAGGCCCCCGAAGGAAAGACCCUGGAUGAAAUCUACCGGGAAGUGAAGCUCGACGACUUCAAGCACUAUACCGAGGAGGAAAAGGCCGCCCUCCGGGAAGAAUACUCGCCCGAACAGAUUGCCGCCAUUGAGGCCGGUGAGAAGGCCAUUGACCCCAAAGACCUGGCUGAACAGUUUCGUCUUCGUCGGGAUCCCAUGAGAUUGAAGUAUCUCGAUGAUUUCUCGGUCAUUGAACCCGGCGUCGACAAGCACGUUCGCGCCCCCAAGUCCAACUCCGACUACAACGCGACAUUCAAGACCGAGGAUGAUUUCAUGGAAGACUUUGCCCGCUUCUUCGCCGAAUCAUCGGAGGAUCCCCAGCCGGCAGAUUUCGUACGAUUCCUCGAGACCACCCGGGUGACUCACGGCAAGGAGGAGAACGAGCUCAACGGACACAGCGCGCUCGCACCCAAUCUCUUGAACGAUGGGGAGACCUUGGAACACAUGGGCGACGAGGUGGUGGCGAGGCCGCAAUACCGCACAAAGACUGGAGAGCUUACGUUCUUGAACCCCGACGAACCCAACGAGGCGGAGAAGAGACUUUUCCAGGUCACGGGCUUCGGUAGAGAUUACCUCAAGUCUCUGUACAUCAAGGACCUCGUUAUUCGCCGUGUCAGCAACCAGACUCGACUGGGUAAGGUCCCGAGUAUGUCCGUCGUUACGGUCGCCGGUAACCAGAACGGUCUUAUGGGUAUCGGAAUCGCCAAGUCCGAUGAAAUCAUCGAUGCCUGCCAACAAGCUCGCGCUCGGGCUGUCAAGAACAUGCAACCUGUGCCGCGCUACGAGAAGCGGACCAUCUUCGGUGACGUCGAGGGCAAGGUCGGAGCUGUGCAGUUGAAGUUGAUGCACCGUCCCCCAGGUUUCGGUCUCCGCUGCCAGCACCUGAUCUUCGAAAUGUGCCGUGCGGCCGGUAUUCACGAUAUCGCAGCCCGGGUCAACCGCUCCAGAAACCCCAUGAACACAGUCAAGGCAGCCUACGAGGCGCUCAUGAGCCAGCGCAACCCCGAGGAUAUUGCCCGUGCCCGGGGUAAGAAGAUGGUCGAUGUACGGGGAGUGUACUAUUCCGGAAGAGGCAUCCAACAGGACAUGUAUGCUCGCCCGGUUCGUGAUCGGGAACAUCGUGAGCGGCCGUCCCGGGAAGCUCGGCGAGCUUGAGGUGGUGGAUUUAUUCCCAUUUGAAAGACACAAAGAAAUAUAUAUCUCUCUGGGCACAGCACUGCAUACAGACAGCAGCAGCAGACAUGUUCUUUUGCGUCAUGGGCGGUGUAUAUAAUGUUUUCCCUUUUUCUCUUUUUCUUCUGUUCAGAUCUUGUAUUCUCAGUCUAAACAUGUAUUUGUAUCCACCAGCAUCAAAGCAAUACUCAAUGAUUGAAUAAGUCUAAAACCCAUAAAAGGAAAAACAGGGGUAUAUCAUAUAUCACACCAUCUAUCCACCCACAACCCAAAUAACCAUACACACAAAAGAAACCGAAAAAUAAAAAAAUAUCCAUAAAUUCAAUACCUCCCAAAACUCUCC